GUAGUUGUGCUUUUGUUGUGGGCUAGCUUGUUGCGUGUGGAGAUGCAAUCAUUUUCGAAUCACCCAACCGGGUUGCUACCGGUCGAGGAGAAUUACGAUCCGAACAAACCCUCGAUCCGGGAGUUCUACUCCGGAAGGGACAUCUUCAUCACCGGUGGAACGGGUUUCAUGGGAAAGGUGCUGAUCGAGAAGCUGCUGCGAUCGUGCAGCGAACUGAAUCGGAUUUUCAUUCUGCUAAGGGAGAAGAAGUCGAAGAAGAUUGAGGAUCGGCUCCGGGACAUACAGCAACUUGCGCUGUUCGACGUACUUCGCAAAGAAAAUCCACGCGCCCUGGAAAAGAUGAUCCCGAUUAAGGGUGACGUCACGAUGCUAGGGCUGGACUUGUCCACCGAGGACAAGAACCGGAUGAGCGAGGUGUCGGUGAUCUUUCAUGUAGCGGCCAACGUUCGGUUCGAUGACAUGCUGCGGGACGCGAUCAUUCUCAACACCCGGGGCACUCGAGAGGUGGUCAAAUUUGCUCAAACCUUCAAGAACCUGUGCGUGAUGAUGCACGUUUCGACGACCUACUCCAACCCGGACAAGUACGUGAUCGAAGAAAAGAUCUACCCUCCGUACGCUGAUUGGAAGGAAACGAUCAAGCUGGCCGAACAACUGGACGAAGAAACGCUGGAAACCUUCGCACCAAAGUACAUGGGCAUGCUGCCGAACACGUACGUCUUCACCAAGUCCCUCGCCGAGCACAUCAUCAACGACUAUCAGGAGAAGCUACCGCUGAUCCUGUUCCGGCCGUCGAUCGUCAUCUCCUCGAUGAGGGAUCCCAUUCCUGGCUGGAUGGACAAUUUCAACGGACCGGUUGGGCUGCUCGUCGGAUGUGGUAUCGGUCUCUGCCGAACGAUGUACUGCGAUCCGAACAACGUUGCCGACUUCACCCCGGUGGAUGUCUGCAUCAAGGCGAUGAUCGUGGCGGCAUGGAAGAAGGGGACGGCGGUGAUUCAGAGUACUCCGUACUCCCCGGACUCGCCCCAGCUGCCGGUGUACAACUGCUGCAUCUCGAACCUACGCAACUCGACCAUGUCGCAAAUCGUCGAGAUGGGCAAACUUCUCUCGAACGACAUCCCGCUGGACAAGUGCAUCUGGGCCCCGGGCGGUGGCAUCACGCAGAUUCGCAUCCGCAACAUAAUCCGAGUCAUGCUGUACCACAUUCUGCCGGCCAUAAUGAUCGAUUUGCUUCUGCGGCUGGCGGGUCAACGGCCAUUCUUGGCCAAAGUGCAGAGGAAAAUCUACAACGCGAACGUCGCCCUGGAGUACUUCAUCUGCAACAACUGGGAAUUCAAGAACAACAACUUCAUUCGAUUGGCGUCGGAGAUUAAACCGGAAGAUAACAAAGACUUCUACUAUCGUGACUUUAUCGAGUUCGAUAUAACUCUGUACUUCCGAAACUGUAUCCUAGGCGUUCGCCGUUAUCUUCUGCACGAAAAGGACGAAAACAUACCCAAGGCAUUGAAGCAUCAACGUCGUAUGAAGUUGUUGGACAAAACGUGCAAAUUACUAUUCGUGUCCGGAUUUCUAUACCUGAUACUGAUCAAGUUUGAUAUGCUAGGAUUGUCGCUCUACCUGGCGUCAUAUCGAACCACUUACGAUCUAAGCAGAUAAGAGCAAACAACUUAUAAGCAAUCGACCAAUAAAU